GGCGCCGGCCGAUGAUACAUGGCGCCGGCCGAUGAUACAUGGCGCCGAAAGGCACAGGUGGCCUUGAGCGCUGGGGCCACGCUGGAGGAGGUCGAAGCGGCGCGGCUACAGCUCAAGGAGCUGCAAGAUGAACAGGCGUUUUUGGCAUGGCUAGUGCCAACACUUCGGACAUGCCGAAGGCACAGAGACGCCUUGCGCUACGCGAAGCGCCAACUUGAGCUUUGGAGACAAUCAGAAGACUUAUCACAGGUGGCAAAUUCCCUCUGUGAGAUUGCGGAGCUUUGCAUCAAUUUGGAUGAGGCGUUUGGCCGAGCUCGCUGCUGCGGUGGGUAGAGAAUGAGACUACAGAGUCGCAGCAUGCAAAGGUCACAAAAUUGGUAAGAGAUGUUGAAUAGAAUAGU